AUGCAGUACUCAAGGCGUUUCCUCUUCCAGAUGUGUCUGAGUUUGCUGGUGUCCACGGGGUCCUGUAGGUGCAAACCACUGAACGAUGUCCUCCAAAGUGAAGAUCCCGAGGGCUUCUCUGGGACUUCUGAGCAGGACCUGGUCGAAGAGGAGGACAGGUUACAGAGCUUUCUGGGAACCAUGAAGGAAGAGUUUCUGAGGAAACUCAACUUAUCAGAUGUCCCACAAGAGCACAGCAAGAUAUACCCACCGCCGUUCAUGAUUGAACUGUACAACAAGUAUGCCUCUGACACGUCCUCUAUGCCUCGUUCUGAUGUCAUCCGCAGCUUCACCGUUCAAGGUAUGUACAUAGGCAUGUCAAACAUUAAUUUUAUGGUUUUAUCAAUGAUCACAACAUUUACAUAUGUAGACACUGUAAUAGGUUAGUACUGUAUGCUUAUUAAGCCUGUGCGCCUCUAAGGCUAUUGAUACAAAUAAGUGAUAUCAAAUAUGAAACUAUGUAUACCUUUUGCCUACUUUUGCAGAUGUCAGUCACUCUGAAAAAAAUGGCACCAAGUCAAAACACAGACUUCUGUUCAAUGUAACUGUCCCAAAUCACGAAGAGGUCACCAUGGCGGAACUCAGGCUGUUCACCCUGCUGGAUAAUAGGACAACAUCAACCUCUACCAAUCGGAUCGGGGCUUCCAUAAAGAUCUAUGAAGUGGAGUAUAAAGGAAACAAGGCCACAGCCCACCUUGUGGAUGGGAAAGAGGUCAUUGGGACCCAUCACUCUUGGGAAGCUUUUGAUGUGACCACUGCCAUCCAGAGUUGGGUCAAAUCGGUCCGUGGGGCCAGUGAGUUUGAAGUGGUGGUCGACAGGUGGGACUGUGGGCCUUUCAAAGGUGGAGGUUUGGAUGUGGGUGUGGGUGUGAGGGAUAACACAUCAGCUGCUUUGAUCGUCUUCUCUGACGACCUGGGGAGCAGGAAGAGAGAGGCCAAGAAGGAGCUGAGGGAGAUGAUAGUUCAUGAGGAAGAGACGCUCUUUUCAGGGAGCGACUGGCAAGGGACCGACUACAAUGAGAUCCCCGUGGACUUACACCCCAGGCGGAAGAGGCAGGCGGACACCAACUACUGCCGACGGACCUCCAUGCGCGUCAACUUCAAAGAUAUCGGCUGGGACCAGUGGAUCGUAGCGCCCCCUGAGUAUGACGCCUUUGAAUGUAGAGGGGUGUGCUAUUACCCCCUGACUGACGACAUGACCCCUUCCAAACACGCUCUCAUCCAAACCCUGGUCAAUCUCAAGAACCCCAAAAAAGCCAACAUGGCGUGUUGCGUUCCCACAAAACUGGACCCCAUCACGGUCAUGUACCAGGAGAAUGGUGUCAUCACUGUACGACACCUGUACGAGGAGAUGAAGGUGGCAGAGUGUGGCUGUAGGUAG